AUGGUUGUGAUUCAAUCGGCGAGGUUGGCCAAAGAGGUCUUACAAACACAUGAUAAGAACUUAUGUAAUAGACCAUUAUCGACCGGAGGAAAAAGACUAAGUUACGGUGGGUUAGACAUAGCCCUUAGUCCAUAUAGUGAGUAUUUGAGAGAAAUGAAAAAGAUACUAAAUGUUCAUCUCUUAAGCUCUAAGAAAGUCGAGUCGUUUGCUCCAAUUCGACAUGAAGAAGUCUCAAGGUUGAUUCAAGAGGUUUCCUCUCUAUCUGCUGCUUCUAAAGUCGUCAAUUUGAGCAAAUUGGUUCUUAGUUUUGCUAGCUCAAAUUCCGGUAGGAUCACUUUCGGCAAGAGAUACGACGAUGAAGAUGUGUUAGGAAGUAGAUACUUUAGCCUUCUACAUGAAGCUGAAGCAAUGUUCAUAGGCUUCUUCUUUAGUGAUCAUUUUCCUUUUGGGGGUUUGCUUGAUAGACUUAGUGGACAAUCCUCUAAGCUUGAGAAGACCUUUAAGGAGUUAGAUGCAAUUUUUGAGAAAAUUAUUAACGAACAUCUUAACACAAACAUGCUUCGAUUUGAGCGAAAUGAUGUCGUUGAUGUUCUACUCCGUCUCAUGAAUGACACUUCCUUUCCAUUUAAGCUCACUAUGAACCACGUCAAAGCAAUUUUGAUGAAUCUUUUUGUUGGGGGAGCAAAUACCACAACAGCUGGGAUAAUUUGGGCACUUACAGAGCUAAUAAAGAACCCUAUUCCAAUGCAAAAAGUACAAGAAGAGCUAAGAAGUGCUGUAGAAAAUCAAGGUUGUAUAUUGGAAAGGGAUCUCCCAAAGCUUGAAGGAAACAUUUAG